AUGUCUUCAACGACAACAACGAAAACUUAUUCAAAAUCGGACUAUUUGCAACCAUCUUCAUCAAAUUCAUAUGAUUCAAGUCAAAGUCCAUUAGCUCUUUUAGCUCAAACAUGUUCAAGUAUUGGAAAAGAUAGUCCAUCAUCUCCUUCAUCAAUUGUAAAUUCAAUUCCACCUACAAUAACAUCUCUUUCUACAAAAUCUUCAUCGAAUCUAUUGAAUACUGAUAAAUCAUUUUCAUCAACUAAACGUUCAUCACCUUCACAGUUAAAUAAUAUAAAUACCCGUAAAAAAUCUGCACUUCCAUUAAAAACAAAUAUUCAAUCAACAUCAUCAUCUUUCAUCGAACCACAUCUAUUAUCAAAUCAUUUAACACCUCUAUAUGAUCCAAAUAAAUCUGUAGCUACAUUACUUCUUCGUUCUUCUCUUGCUUAUUUAGCUUCGCAACAACAUUCAUAUUCUUCAAUAUGUACAAUACCUGGUUGUUUACAAUGCGAAACAGUUCGAUAUAUUCUUUCAAACUCAAUAAAUAAUCAACCAUAUAUUUGUCAUUGGUCAUCAUGUAAUGCAAGAUUUUAUUCAAAUGAUGAAUUAAGUGAACAUAUUCGAUAUAGUCAUAGAACAUCAAAAAUAUCUCAUUAUCAUCAUCACCAUCGUCAUCAUCGUUUUCAUCCAUAUUUAAAUACAUCAAGGAUAAUUGAAGCCAAUGAUCAGUUACCAUUUUUUUAUCCUCACUUGUCUUUAUUACCAAUGACAGAAACCAAACUACGUACGAAUAAUAAUACAAAUAACAAUAAUUAA